AUGGGCAUCUGUUUAGACACUGAACAAAAAAAUGAAGAAUUCGAGGAGGGAGAUGAGCAAAGUCGCCAAAACAGCGCAUGGCCAGCCACCCCGUCGGGUGUCGCAUUCCCAAUGCAGAACUCCAGCCACGUCAAGUUUGAGCCACCCUCAGUUCCUGUCAUCUUUGUCUUGGGCGGGCCCGGAAGCGGCAAGGUGACACACUGCGACACGCUGGCACACGAGCGACGGGGCGCAGUGCACGUCAACAUGACAGACUUGCUACAGCAGUACGCCAUCGGCAACGAUAUGCAAGACUUCGGCACACUAUCCAGUAAGACGGUGACAGAAGUACUGAUGCUGGAGAUGAAGAUGGCACCCACUGCGAAGACGUACCUCGUGUCCGGCUACCCGCGGUCCAUGAGAGACGUUGCUGAAUACUCUGACAAGAUCCAGACGAUUAGCGGCGUGGUACUCGUCAGCUGGCGGCAACGGGUCCUGGAGCGGCAGAUCGAGUACGGGGCAAGGCUAGGGCACGUCGUGCUCAGUCUAGCAAGGAUGGAACUGAACAACUUCUACAAGAACGUGAUCCCCGUUGCGGAUUACUUCGAUCAGAGCAACAUGCUCAUUGCGGUUAACGGUGAGCGGAAUCCAGAAGAAGUUUACAAAGAUUUUCGUGCGGCGGUGCUGCAGAUAUUGGGAGCAGUGGAAGAACAGAACAUGAACGGAGUUGGCGUUGGAGCUCAUGCAAUACCGGGCGAGGUGGUUGGCGUGGAACCGGUACCAACAAGAAACUAUAACGGAAAAAUAACAUCACAAGACGUGGAAAUUGAAGACGAACCUUUUACAUCCACCAUAGCACCCACCAUUCCAACUAUACCAGUGCAUGUCGAGCCUGUACCCAAAGCAGCCUCUCUGCCUGUUACGAAGUUGCCAAGAGUCAUGCCAGUGAAUGGCAGAGUGGUCAGUCCCAAACCGGAAGUCAUACAGGUACGCGGGACACCUACCAUUCCACCGACGUUAUGGGUCGUGGGCGGUCCUGGCAGCAACAAGGCAGCUCUAUGCGAGGGAUCCGUGUUGCAAAGAGAUGGUUGGACUCAUUUUAGCUUGGGCCAACGCCUCCGAGCAUUGGCAGAUACAGGUGGAGGGCCAGCAUCAGAUGGUGCCAUCGCUCGAACUGCUGUUAGUGGAGGUGAACUGGUGCCGCAAGACUUGGUCACCAAGUUGGUGAUAACAGCUGUCAAUGACGCAGCUCGAAGUGGACAUGGGAUAGUGUUAGAUGGAUAUCCUAGAGAUUUGGAACAGAUGGAACAGUUCGAGAAUGAGUUUCAAAUCGAACCACGCAUGGUUCUUCUGGAUUGUUCGAAACUGCAACUGGGACGCGGUCGAAGAGACGAUUCGGUGGCGGCUUUCCGAAGGCGACUCGAAGUGUUCCGGGAACUAAGCCUACCCAUGUUGAAAAGUUUAGAUCAGCAGCAUCGGUUGGUGAUUGUUGACGGUGAUACAGACUCUUCAGAUGUCCAGUCCGAGUUCACGCGAGUCCUCUUGGAAGAGAUGGAGAAAGCAGAGGCAAUCGCUGCAAUCCCGCAGCCGCAGAUACCCGACAUUGACUCACAGACUCAAAUACUGACCACUCACCACAGUACUAGAGCCAACGGUGUGCAGCGGAACGGCACAUUGCCCAACGGGGUCGUUGGCAACGGCGCCGUUGGCAACGGGUUCAUUAACAUGGCUAAUAACAAGGUGAAACCAAUGCUUAACAACAUCCCCAAAGUGCCGACGGUCUCGCAAAUGACCCACGACCAAGUAAGAAGGCUUUACGAGCAAAGUUCCGGAGAGAUUACAAUGAACACUCAUAUGUAA